UUGCCCCUCAAGUUCCAAAUGCCUAUGGUGAUAAAGAUUAACUUGCUACGAGACCAAUUCAGACGUCGGCAUGUCUCGCGCGCUUGAAUUGCGUAAUGAAUUAGGCACGCGGAACCUUUCUCAAUGAAUAGGAAUCAACGGCAGGCUGUCUUCGAAGGUAAUUCGAGGUGUCGUAUGCCACGCUUUGGUAUAUAAGUGACAUGCUAUUCUCUCGACAUCAACUCCCCUUAUGUCUUCGCUUACUACUUCUAUACUGAUAGCUGAUACAGGCUUUAGCGUUGGAGGAACGCUUGGGGCGAUUUAUAUUGGUGCUACCAUAGCCGCAGUCUUCUAUGGAAUUACUCUUCUGCAGACAGCCGUCUAUUACAAACUAAACCCUAAUGAUCCAUGGAUCUUUCGAUAUACUGUCGCUUUACUAUGGUACGUUACGGGAAGCCACCAAACUGCACCUUCAAAUGCAACUAUCUGCAGGGUACUCGAUACGCUCCAUGUGGCCUUUAGCACCCACGCUCUCUAUUAUUAUCUGAUCGAUUCAUUUGGGAAUUACGUCUUUCUGUUAAGGAUCAUCUGGAGUUUUCCGCUGCAGCUUGUAUUCAAUAUGAUAAUUGCCACCGGUGUUCAAGCACUAUACGCCAUCAGGAUAUGGAAACUCGGCCGUCAUUUUCACGUAGUCUUGCCCUGGUUCAUCUUCUUUGCUGUCGCAGCCACAUUCGGCACAGGACUCUACGUGAUUUACGACACAUACAGGAUCUCAAGCAUUUUGGACAUUUCGACUAUUAGGACAUCUAUAUACUCUGUCUUCUCCACGAUGGUGGGAGCUGAUUUCGCCAUAACUGCACGACCAAAACAAUCGUGGGAUUGAUGCGAGUCGUGGUGAUAUCUGGGGCUUUGACA